CCAACAAAACACUGAUAAUGUUUCAAGAAAAAUAGCAGCUAAAUUCGUGUUAUAUAUAAACGCGAAGAAUCAAAGAGAAACGCAAUAAAGGGAUGUACGUUGCAACCCGGACCGUACGCAUACAAAGGUAACCGCAAAUCAACAUUACUGUUUACCGGGGAACAUUUUAUAUAUCAGCUUCCGACAGACAUAAAAAUUGGGAAAAAUACACUCCAGAGGUUAUCGCCGUAUAUUUCUUUGUUCUGAACGCUUUGAUUCCUCAGACGAUAAUACCUCUUAGCACAAAGCGAUUCCAGUCCAUCAUAUUGACAGCUAACAUUUUUGUUAUUUGUUUAACCGAGAAAAUGCUAAUUUAUAUACAGACAGAUCUGAUGAUACCUUAUGUACUUUAAUCUUCAUAUGAAUUGAUAGCACAAAACAGGUUCAAAUAGAUUUUUAACAGUGCUCAGAAAACUUUUUCCUCUUAUUUCACAGUGUUUCUUGUGCUCACCGAAAUUUAUUUGAAUCGGAAUAACAGCAGCAGAUUAGAAGAACAAAACACGUAAUAAACAUGUGUUUAUUAUCACUCUUCCAAGGGUGAAUGACUUGAUUUUAAGCUUUAUAUUUCUCAACGUAAUGUGCCAAUUAUGAUCGUUAUCUAAGGUCGAUAAAUCCUUAGCUACUUAGCGGAGUUUGAACUUUUGGCUGAUUUCCUGUGAUGCCGAGCGUAUGAUGUUCUUUUGGAAGGUAAUACAAAUGUAAAAGCAACACAGGCUUGUUUUGAAAUAAUGUUUCAUUCUUAUACGAAAGCAGAGCUUUAAGAUGAACGAACGGAAGCACAGAGUGUUUCAACUUAAUGUUGUUUUUGUGAUGGUUUUAUGUGGUGUUUCAAUGGCUGUGGAACACAACAUGGACAGAUCAAUUAAUGAGAUUAAAGAAGACGUCACGCACUUGCCAGAUGUGGCGAAAGAUGAUAAGGAACGGGGACCAUUUAUUGGCACUAACAUGGAUAAUUCAAUCACGACUGCCAAUAGCGAGCAACACAACGGUGACAUUCCCACUACAAGUCCGUCACCAAUUGAAGACUUAGACAAACGACAAGAAACGGACUCUAGGCGCCAAGAAGAUCAAAUGAGAACAACGCACAAACCUCCGAUACCUCUGGAUCCUACAGAUAAAUAUUUACUCGACGGUAUACUGGAAAUCGUAGACGCUAAGUUUGAUACCUUGCACAAGCGAUUGAUGACUUUGGAACGAGGAAUGAAUAAUUUACAGUACUACAAUGCUCGUAGUUUCCGAACUGUGAAUACUCAUCUACACGCAGUAGAUACUAUCAUGCAUACAUUGCACACGGAUGUGUCCGAAGUGAAGCAACAACACGUUCAAUUGGAUAAAAAGAUCGCUGAUAUAAAACACGACGUUGGAGACUUAGCGUCGACUAACAGCGGUAUAUUUAAUGCUAUGGAACAACAUUCUUUUUAUUAUUCCGAUAUUCAAACGAAACUAGAUGAACUUCUGAGAAGCGUAGAGCAAACAAAUGACAAUUUUAAAGAUAUAAAAAAUGAUACAGAUGAUAUCAAAGCAACGCUUAUGGAGGCAAAGAAGUUUCAAGGCGAAAUGCUUGUUAACAGCGAGACAUCAGUAAUACUUGCGACGGAGGUUAUACAGACGGCGUACAACGUGUUGAAUGAUACCCGCGCAAUCAAAGAAAAAACACGGGAGAUAAAACACCAGUCAUUCUAUGCUAACAAAAUCAUUGAAGGAGUGGCAAGAAAUAUCUCUGUUAUAACCAAGGACUCGGAGGAAAUGAAGAACACUCUAACGUUAGUUCUUGCAAACGUUACAAAUAAAAGCAACGACUCGCCCAAGGACACACAAUCCAACAGCAAAAAGGUCGACACAUUCGAAACCUUUAAUCAUAUUGCUAAUGGAGGUGAUGACGACAAAUUACAGAUGACGUGUGCUAAAAUGUUUGAAUUAAUAGAUGAUCGUCUGAGAAACCUUAAUGUUUCCGUUUCGGGGAACCAACAAAGGCUCGCGCCUGGUCACGAAGGGGGAGCAAAUGUCAAUACCGAUAUUUUCCGAAACGAAAGCCGGAAACUACUUAGGGGUCUUGAGCAAGUUAAUCGAAAUGUUUUCCAGUCAGUGACACUCUACAAGCACACAGGAAACUUAAUCGAAAGAUUAUUGUCGGACACAGAGACAAUUGCUAAUGAUCAAAUAACUCUUCGAGAAGACCUUGUUGCGUAUCUGCUUAAUGGGACCUUUGAAUUGUUCAACAGAAGUUUACCAGAAUUCGUUACAUUCGAAGCUAAAGAAAAAUCCAAUGCUACACCGCCACAACAUUUUGACGCCAAAUGUUUACCCACAGAACCGUUUUUACAGGAACUGUCUAUGCUAACCAGAAAUGGUUCUCACUUGGUUGAACUUCUAACUGAACUGGCUGUGGCUAGUUCCUCUACGAUCAAUUUAGCUAUUGAAAAGUUGGACAAUGAAAUCGCCAAACUUGCGCAUAUAAGAGAAAACGUCACCAUUGAAGCGGGAAAAAGCUCAGCGAAAAACAAAACGAAAGUUGUCGACAUGCAUCAGCUUUCUGAAAUGCAUAACAGAACUGACCUCAUAUACGUUUUUGCCGAAGCUAUUGCCUCAAACACGAGAUGGAUCCCACAUCUAUAUCAUAGAGUAAUUUAUGUUGAAAAUUUAGUGAACAAGUCGCUAGACAUCGUGAACAAAAUUGAUUCACGGACAGAGGAAACGCUGUUGAAACAGACUUCACACAUGGCAGGCAUGUUUAAACCAAUUCAUUCCGCAACGUCCAAUGAAAGAAAGCAAGAGCAACACACUUUACCCGACAAAAAACCGUUGACAACUGCUAUGCCGACUGCGGCAGUGACCACUUCUUUGGACCAAGUAGCUUCAAGCCAAGACGUGCUACGUUCCGGAAAGCGUCAUGACACUAAACGGAAGCAGUUAACAGAUUCCGACGUAAACGAGAUGAUGGAGUUUGUUUACAAGACGAAUAAAAAAGUCGACAGAAUUAUUCCUGCGCUGACUCAUCUGUUGGGAGAACCAGAGCCGUACAUUUCCCUAGUGGACGGAAGCACGGACAGAGAGGGCCGCGUAGAAAUCUACCACAAAGGCGAAUGGGGGACCAUACCUCGCGAGAUCAGUCAUAUCGAGGCAUCGUACAUCUGCCGGAAGCUAGGAUACCUCGGUGGAGUUUCAGCCGGAAGUGGUCACUUUGGGCGUGGAUCUGGUGCAUUCUGGGACCUAAACGUCACCUGUCUGCGCACGCGCUGGUGUAAUUCGGUCGGUCACGUUGAAGAUCCCUCCACGUACAGUCACGAAAUGGACGUAGGGGUUAUUUGUGACCACAUGGUUCGACUUACAAAGAGCAGUGACGAAGACGAACCCGAAGUGUCACGACAGUCUGGAAGUCUGGAAAUCUAUCAUCAAAACAAUUGGCUUCCAGUCUGCUUCGAAAAGUGGGGACGCGAGGAAACGGAAGUCGUUUGCAAACAGCUCGGUUUUGUAGAGGGCGCAGCACAGUCUGAAAAAAAAGAAACGUUAGAUGAUUCCUAUUCCAUGACCAACGUCACGUGCACCGGAAGUGAAAAAAGACUCGACGCAUGCGCAUUUGACGGAUUUACAUUAAAUGGCUGCCCAUCUUCCGAAUAUGUAUCGGUGAUAUGUAGUUAAUUUGUGGUUGAACACAUUAAUUUUAUAAAGACAUUGAGACGUGUUCACAUAAUAAAAAAAGGACAAUUUUAAAAUUGUCAAGAUUCGGAUCAGAUUGUUGUUAGGGAUCGAGGCCAAAGUUGUUAUCAAUUGUUUUAAUGUUGUAUUUACUUGUUUAUAUAUUAUUGUUUUGUUGGUAAAAAUAUAUAAUGAUUUUUUUUAUUGGAAAAUCUGUGAAAAUGUCCGUUAACAUGUAUUAUGUAUUACGAAAACAUUUCUCAUUUUUCAUUUAAGCUUAUAUGUUUUUUCACAAAUCGAAAAUUAACAUGUUAAUUCUGUCAUUCAAUGAAGGUUGAAGUAGAGUUCAUACAAGUGCAGCAAUGGUUAUAAUAUGUUAGAUUAUGCGAUUAAAAAGUCACUGUGUA